AUGGACCAGGCUUCUAAAGAAGAACUGAAACACACCAGAAAGAAAGCCGAGCGUUCCUGCACGAUCUGCAGCAAUCAUGGAAUCCGAUCAAUGCUAAAAGGUCACAAACGUCAUUGUCCGUUCUUGAACUGUCACUGCGUGCUGUGUGAAAAGGGACGCAAAAAAAGAGGUGUUAUGAAAAAGCAAGUUCGACUUCGGCGAAAACAGAUGAAAGCCAUAGAAAACCAUAGAACUCCUUGCCUUUCAACUGCUGUCGAACCAAUUCAAGUGAGUUUCUCUCCCACGCUCGUGAAAACAGAAUCGCCUUUCCAUGAAGACCAGAAGACCGUUGACGAAAAUGACAAGACGGCAAAAAAAGAAAACGGCGGAUUGAUUCAGAGCGUGUCCAGAAUUUUAAAUUCCCAAUUCGAGGUCACCAGACAACAGUACCCAUUCAACAACAGUGUUUAUCUACCUACACCUUACCAGCUCCCAUGGAGUGUAGCAGAUGUUUACUUGGGUGGUUUCUAUCAAAACAGUUGGCUUAGAGCUGAACCUGGGACAGCCUCCUGCUACGUGAUGGAACCUCUACCCUGCCCUAAUUUUACUGUUUCGGACAACAGUGCCUUUGUGAAGUACAAUGUUUCCCCAAGAAUAGAGAGCAACUCUUUCAAAUUUAGUCUCAAUUCAUCCGCUGAAGCCGCCGCUGUUUUGGCGUCAUUUGCAGGAAAUCAGAAGCAUGGAAAACCGAAAUGUGAAAGAAAAUACAAUUUUGACCCAUGCUUGUCCUAA